AUGUGUGACAAAAGUGAAGACGAGCGACUUGCGCCAGGUACUCCAAAAAAGAAAUUGGCUAAAAGAGGAGAGCUUUCUGUAGCAGAGAGGGAUAAACACAGAGCACAGAAGUAUCGUCUUGAUUGGGAAAAACUAGACUUUUUUAAGGACUGGUUAGGGCCUGGUAAAAACCAAUUUAAAGCCAGGUGCACUGUUUGUGACGUCGAAAUGGUUUCAGAAUAUGGAGUUUUAAAAUUACAUUCUUCAAGGCAAAAGCAUACGAAAGCCAUGUCUGCAAUACCAAGCGAAACAAAACAGCGUAAUAUCAUGUCCGCAUUUGUUACGAAAGGAGUUAUGUCGAAAAAUAAAGUUGUCACAGCGACUGAAAUCAAGAUGGCGGGUUUUCUAGCUGAGCAUAAUAUUGCAUUCCAAACUGCAGAUCAUAUGUCAGAUUUAAUAAAUGGUAUAUUGGAAGAUUUUGUAGUGGAACAUAAAAUUGCUAUGAAAAGAACAAAAGCUACAGCUGUAAUUACCGAAGUAAUUGGUGAAAGUGAAAAAUCGUCUCUUGUCGAAAAACUGAAAACUGAGAAAUUCAGUGUUAUGUCUCACGAGUCAACAGAUGUCAGCACUCACAAGGCCAGUUGUAUAAUUGUUAGAUAUUAUGACGUUGAGGAAAAUAAAAUUGUUAGUAAGUUUUGGGAUCUUUGCAAAAUAUUUAGCUCUGAUGAUGAAAAAACAGCAGAAGAAGGUGCUACUGGGGAAAAUUUGUUUAACAUACUGAUGAAGUCUUUUUCUGACCGGGAUAUAUCGACAAAAAAUAUGAUUGGUUUUGGUGCAGACGGUUGCAACGUGAUGAUAGGUGGGAAUAACUCUGUGGCGAGCAGACUCAAGAAAAAUUUGCCAGGUAUGUUUGCAAUGAAAUGUGUUUGCCACUCUGCACACCUUUGCGCAUCUGAAUCGUGCAAACAAUUAACAAGGCGCUGCGAAGAUUUAGCGAGAGAGAUAUAUAGUUUUUUCAAAAAUAGUUCAAAAAGACAAUUUCGCCUUCAACAGUUUCAAGAAUUUGUGAGUGCUUCGCCUCACAAGAUUUUGCAUCCUUCACAAACCCGUUGGUUGUCAUUGGUGGUGGUUGUAGAUCGAUUAAUAGAACAAUGGGAUGCAUUAAAAUUGUUCUUUACUGACUGCUGGUUGAAUGCACGUUUUGUUUCAACAGAACUGAUAUUUAAUAGCUUAAAAUCCAUUCAUGCAGCUUUAUUACCUGUUCCUGUCUUGGAUAUUGCCCAAAUUUACCAAUUUCAAUAA